AUGUCGGAAUUCGACUCCAGACCCGUGGCAUCACGGGGCAGAAGCUCUACCAGAGGCGGUCGUGCCUCGCAUCCCAGAGGCCCUCCUCGCCAAUCCCAGACUUCCUCAACUGGCCCUUCGUCGUCGGUGCAAUUCGACGACUCGUUCGACGACCAGGGUGAAUUGGGCAACAUGAAGAAAACUUACUCGACCCAAUUGAGCUUUAUGCGCGACAUGUUCCCGGACUGGACUGACGACGAUCUCGUCUUUGCCAUUGCAGAGGCAGACGGCGACGUUCAGAUUGUCAUUGACAGAAUCACCCAGGGCAACGUCUCGCAGUUCGCCCAGGUCCCCAAGAAGGGCAAGGAUAGAGCGCGUUCAAAGGCCAAAGACGCUCCAGCUACUGCCGGCGCAGACCAGUCUUCGAUUCCCCUUCGUGCUGGCCGUGGAAGAGGUGGUUUUGAGAGCUCCAGAGGUGGCAGAGGUCGCGGCACCGAUCGCGGUCGUGGAGGCUUCCGUGGCGCCCGUGGUGGCCAUGCUGCCGUCUCCGACUCGUUCCCCAAAGACACACCCGCCGUGUCAGUUCCUACCACAGAGUCCCCCGCUUGGGACAACGUCGCUGCCGAACCUGCUGCCGCCCCACUCGCAUGGGAUACCCCAGCUGUUACUGAACAGGGCGCAUGGGGCAAUGCCACCACCACAUCCGACGCGACCCCAACCGCUGUCCCCGAAAUCUCAAAGAGCGCCGCGCUUCAUGAAAGCUCGGCCAAGAAGACAUGGGCCAGUAUGUUCGCUAAGCCCAAGCCUCCACCCGUUCCCGUUGUUCCGAAGCAACCCAUCCAGGCUGCAGCCCCAAUCGCCGCCGUCGAGCCCUCCCCUGCUCCUGCAGAGCUGCCUGAACAAAGCGAACCUUCAUCUAUCGCCCCUCAGGAACCCAUUCCCGAGCAAGUUCAGCAACUCGAGCCCGAGGUUGCACCUGCAGUCGCCGAGGAGAAGCCCACAGAAGUCGAACAAACCGAGACAGCUCCCAUUGCAUCUGAACCUUCACCUGCAGCUGUUGAGUCCUCUACUUUGAGCCCCGAGGCAGACCUCGCAUCCUCCCACGCUCCGUUGACCGAGGACAAUCUUGAACACCUUCCGGAUACUUCGAUCAAGCCCGCAACUCAAACUGUCGCCAGCACUGUUGGUUCGGUAGAUCCCCGCGUGGCCACUCCCGCCACCUCUCAACAAGCGCCCAUUGGCCGUCCUCCUAUGGGUGGCUACGCAGCCAGCGCAUACAGAGCAGCUGGCACACCCGGCCGUAACUCAAGCUACCAGCGUAGAGUGCUCGAGCAACAAGAGGCUGUCGUCAUGCCGGGCCACAACGCAGUCGACAGAGCCGCUGUGCAGUUCGGCAGCAUGGGCUUGAACGGCGAACCCGACAGCCUUGAUGUUGAUGAAGAGAGAGAAGAGCCCGAGACACGCACUCAGCCUCCCCAGCAAUCUCCCCCCUCUCAACCCAGAGCUUCGCUGCCUCCUGCCCCCAGACAGCCCGCUAUCUCUCAAGAGUCUUCGAUCCACGACAGCAUUCCCACCCCCAAGCAGGCUCCUGGACUUCCCCCUGUUCCUCAGCAAUCAUUCGGUGGUCACCAGGAUGCUUCGCCUAUCGGAUCUGUGCCUCAAGAGCACUCGCAGUCUCAGGGCUAUGGCCAGUACAGCCGUUAUGGCCAGAGUGGCAUGCAACAGCCCGACAUGAGUGCACAGUCCCAGAAGUCGUUUGACCCCUUCAGUCACCAGGCUCCUUCUACUGCCUACGACCACUACGCCUCUCAACAUUCGGCUCAACAACACCAGCCAUUUGGCGCAUUCUCCUCUGCUCCUUCUGACUACUCUCAAUACUACACCGCCGACCAGCAGAGAAACGCUUACCAAAGCUACUACGGCGGCUCCUACGGCCAGCAGGCUUCUCAGUCUCAGGACAAUACUGCCAACCAGCAGCGUUCGAGCAGUGGCUUCGGUUCUGCUCCCAGCGAGUCGGCCUUCUCCGCCACCCAAGCCCCUCAACAGGUUAGUAACGUCCCAUCUUUGUACUCUGCACAACAAGAUCCUUACAAGCUGUCCCAGUCUCGCUACGGCGAAGCUCCCGGAUCAGGCCAAAAUACCCCUGCUCCUUCCAAUAGCCAGGUUCCUGCUGCUGCUGCUCCUAGUGCAGCAAUGCACCAGCAGCCUCACUCGCAGUACAACCCUGCUUACCCUUACGGACAUCCUUACUACCAGAGCCCUUAUCACGCAGCUUACCAAAACCAGUUUGGAUACCAACAGCCCGCCUAUGGCAGUCCCUUUGGCGGCAAGGGUGCCAUGUACGGCCAGCCCCACGGCUAUGGCAUGAACUCGGCUUCGUCUUAUGACCACUCAGCAUCACCUGCUAAUGCUGGUGGAUUUGGCGCACAACCCUCGAUGCAAUCUCGUGACACCGGCAUCAGCAGCGGCCUUGGUGACUAUGGUCGCACCUCUGCUCAGCCUUCGAACCUCAGCAGCGGUUUUGGUGGUAUGUCAGAGCCUUUUGGCCGUAGCCAGUCUGGCUAUCAGGGCCAAACUCAGGGCUACGGCCAGCAGCAGAGCAGCGGCCAGGCCGAUGAUCUGAAGCCCUUCGGAGAGUCAAAGGCUAGUGGCCCAUCACCUGGUCUUGGCCAACCCGGCAGACCCAGCUCGGCUGCAAACAGCGUUGGUGGACAGACUCCUUCGACCACAUUGCCCCCUCCUCAGAGCCACCAGGCAGGCUUUGGCGGAUACCCCGGCUUUAAUAGCCAAUACGGACUCGGUGGACUCGGCGGACAGAGCCACCAGCAACAACAGCAGCAGCAGCAGCAGCAGCAAGGCGGAUACGGCGGAUAUGGUAGCGGAUUUGGAAACUCAUACUACGGAGCACGUGGUGGCUGGGGUGGAAACUACGGCGGUCACUAA